AGGAAUCGUACUUACUCAGACGCUUGACGGAUCUGACAACGUAACAUCUGUUGUUUCAGGAACUUUUAGAAGUUGUUUUCGUGCUAUCAGAAAGAUGUGGACUCAAGUUUCUUUUGUAUACAGUUUUCUUCUUUUCGGAGUUUACUGUUUCGUAUUGCCUGAAAGUAGUUCUGCGCUCAAUCAGCGUAUGAAGUUUAGUAGUACUAAGGAGCUUCGUAUCUUGGCCUCCGACAUUUCCAGUAAUGAAGAUUACAAAAAUGCAGAAUUGCGGUCUCUAGCAGGGCCUCUGCUUGUUCCUCGAAUGCCGGACACCGACAGUCACAGUAAAGUUCAACAGUAUAUAAAGAACCACUUCCAAAACUUGAACUGGAAUAUCGAAGACGACACAUUUACAGACAAUACACCAUAUGGAACAAAACAAUUCAAUAAUAUUAUAGUUACUUACGAACCUGAAGUUAAAAAUAAGCUUGUGCUGUCAUGCCACUAUGAAUCGAAAAAUAUGACAGACAGGAAAGGGAACGCAUUUAUUGCUGCUACUGAUUCAGCCAUUCCGUGUACAAUUUUGUUGGAUAUUGCCUCGAAACUGGACUGUUCUUUAAGAAGGAAAAGGGAAAAUAGAAAAUUACCUUUAUCAGAAGAUGUAACGAUACAGAUGAUUUUCUUCGAUGGUGAGGAAGCGUAUAAAGAAUGGACUGCAACAGAUUCCCUUUAUGGUUCCAGGCAUUUAGCAAAGUGGUUACGUGAUGCAGAGGACCCUUACUACCCGGGAACUAAAAGAUUAGAUAAUAUUAGUCUCUUUGUUUUGCUGGAUUUGAUUGGAACAUCUGAUGUAGUUUUCAAAAACUUUUUCCUUAAGACAGAUCCUCAUUUUACAUGGUUACAGAAAAUAGAAAAAUCAUUAAAGAAGGCAGGACUUUUAAAUCCUAAUGGUUUGCGUGUAGCAGGUGUUCAGGAUAAAGUACUUUUCUCCAGUGCUAGACCUUGGGGUGGUAUAGAAGAUGAUCAUAAACCAUUCUUACAUGCAAGACCAGAUCUGCCUGUAUUACAUUUGAUAUCAGCACCAUUCCCACACGUCUGGCACACAAUGGCAGACAAUGCAGCAGCCAUCAACUGGGACGUCACAGAUAAUUUCAACAGAAUAUUCCGAGUGUUUGUUGCCAACUACUUACAUCUCUCAGCUGUUGUAUGCAGAAAAUAGACUGGUUUAGAUAUACAUUCCAGGAGGACUGAUGCCAUAACAACCAACAAAAUGGCUGACAAUAAAAAGAAAUAAAUAUUUUGAAGAAAGGUUGACAAAUGGAAAGACGAUUACAAUAUAGAUUACCACCCAACAAAUUGAAAAUGAUGAAUAAUGAUGAAUAAUUAUCAUCUCAGGGCUACAUAUAAAUGAGGGAAAAUAUUAAAUAAUGUUAAAGAAUUAUUUGCAAAAAUGUGUCUUCCAUCAAACAGUUAAGGUACUGUAAAAUCAUCUAAUUCUGUGGGCUUAAAAUUUCAUGGUCUUGGUAAAAUUGGCUGUUUCAUUGGGAUAUGAAUCUUAGAAUUUUACUUCUGAGGACAAAACUUGUUCAACUUGGUUAAACACAGCCAAGAAAUCCACAAAAAUUAGUUCCCCACAAAAAUUAAUGAUUUCACAGUAUCUAAGGUGUCUAAAAUACUUGUGCGCAAGUCUUGUAUUAGAUUUCUAGUCAAAAUGGACAUGACUUAGAUUGGUCGUAGUAGACUGAUGCUUGUAUUUUCAUGGCUUUAUUCUUUGAUUUGUUUGUAAGAAUCUUAAUUUUAUGAUUAUUGAUUGAUGUCAAAUCACUAAAUAUAUUCAGGGGAUAAUAGGUGUCAAACAGCUAAAUUUAUAGAGGAUUAUAGGAAAUUGCCAAAAAAAUUUGUUUUGUGUUGUGCCAAACCUUAAAAAAAUUGACUGGUAAUUAGAAAAAAAUUGUGUUUGUCUUACUGAUUAAAAAAUCAUAUUUUAUUCAUUGAACAUAAGAUUAAAUUUACUUUGAGGUAAAUAACUUUUUUGAGAUUCCGAAUUUAUUUUUAGUUGUUGAGGACAUAAAACAUUUAUAUCAUUCUUAUUUUUGAACUUUUUGUUUCUACAUGAUCAGUUAUGUCUUUAUUCUUUUAAUUUUUGUUUUGAAUUCAAGUUAAUGUUUAUCGUUGAUUGUUACAACCCAUAUAGUAACAUGUAUUUUGUAUAGUAUACAUGUAUUGUGAAAGCAUAGUUAGGGAAAACCAAAUGUUACAUAACAAUCAACAUUAACUGCUACAUUCACGUGCUGGUCAUGUGAUAGAAAACUAUGAUAUCUGCAUCACCGAUAAGUUCUUUAUGAAGUUUGUUUUUUUAUUAGCUUUACUUGGGGAACAGCUGCUACUGUGAAUGCUACUGUGUAUGUUAUGUUUGUGACUCAUCAAAAGUGUUGAAGUGUGUUCACAUCAUUAAGUGAGUGAAUGAAUGGUGUUUUCAUUUUAAACUUGACUAUACAAAGUAUAUGGAGAGCUAUCCUACUCACCCCGGGCAUCAGCAUCAACAUCUUUCCUCGUCCCCACCUUGGUUGAAGGUUUUUUUACACUUUCUAUUUUUUCUCCAUUUCCCUGUAAUAACCUGAUGGAUUUCUUUUAAACUUAAAAGAGUUAUUCCUCAUCAUCACCCACAUCAUAUGGCACAAGUGCUAUAAAUCUCACACCAAUAUUUCAUGAAUUAUCCACCCAUUUUACUUAGAAUUUCAGGUUAAAGUUUUCAUGCACUUCCACUCUAUCUCAGUUAUCCUAAAUGGUGGCAAGAGUUGUGCACCAGUAUUUUAUGAAUUAUGCCCCAUUUUUGCUUAGAAUUAUACUUAUGUAGUGUUUUGAUACUCUUUAUCUUUACCUCUCUUAUUACUUAAUAUUUUUGACACAGACUCAAGCUACUGUGCAAUAUCUUCAUCCACCAUUGGAGUCAUCAAACACUCCAGUGACAGCUCCAGUUUCCUCAGAUGUGCCCAGUUUCACUAUCCAUCAUCAUAAUAGUCUAGUGUGCUGUCUCCUGUGACAGCUCUUGUUGAAAAACUGGUUUUGUCUAUCCAUUUCAUAUUGUUAACACUGUCUUUUAAAAAUCUGUGGAAUAUUUGUUGGUUCACCAGUUGUGUAACAGUUUGUUGUUGUUUUUUUUUUUAAAUAAAUUAUUAAUCAAAAUCACAAGUUUCACACCAUUUUAUUGUGGUGGUUUUGAGGAUUUUUUUUGGUAUUUUUGAAGAUAUCUUUAUUUACCUGAAGCCAAAAAAGUGUUUGCAAUAGGAGAAUUCCUGACUAAAAUUUCAGUCCAGAUUGUAUAAAAUUGUUCCUAAGACAUACUGUUUUUAUGUAGAUGAUUUAUUGAAUAGAGUGAAAAAGUACAAAUUUUUCGAACAAAUUUUUUGUCUGAAAUAACUUAUGUUAACCAUAGAAAAUUCACCAAAACGAUAUUUAUUAAGUAAGAAAAAAUCAGUAAACCACAUUAUCUUUUAAAAAGUAAGUUUCUAUUUCCCCUCAAUGAGUUCUUAAAAAUGAUGCAUAAUAUAAGUGUUUUCACAGGCAUAAAAGAUGGAAGUGGUGUAAAAUUUUGUUACAGAAAAGAUGAAUGAACAGUAUUUGAGUACUGCUGUAAAACAGUAGGGUUUUGCGGCCAGUCUGGAUCCAGAUCAACUUGGACAUGCAGCCAGUCUGGAUCCAGAUCAAUCUGGACAUGUGACCAGUCUGGAUCCAGAUCAACCUGGACAUGUGACCAGUCUGGAUCCAGAUCAACCUGGACAUGCGACCAGUCUGGAUCCAGAUCAACCUGGACAUCUGUACAGUCUGGUCUGAAUGCAAACUGUUUAUCAGUAUGCAGUAUACUGAAAUUAAUAAACAAAAGAGCACCGGAUCCUUACUGAUCACAAAGCCCGAACAUUGGUUUCUGUUUCAAUGGGGCUCAUUUUUUUCUAUGUUUAUUCAGCAAUAACCUGACACAUUGUACCUCUUCAUGUGAAGUUUUCACUUUAGAAUGUUUUGCAUCAUAUGUUUAACACAAGUAAAAUGUAUAUUAUGUUAGUUCUUGGUAAUGUUGUGCUGAUUGUUUAGUUGUUGUCAUGUUAUUUUAAAUUAUGUUUAGCUAUCCCACCGAUCAUGAAGUUUUUAAAAUUUUAUUGUUAAAAAGUAGAUAAUCAAAAUGAUAUAGACAUGUUUAGCAUCUACAUCUGAUAUCAUUCAUUUAGUUUGAGGUCUGUGAGUAUAAAGAAUAAAAUGUAAGCUUUUAAAAUUUACUAUACAUAUGACACUUGGGUGAUAUCUUAUUUUGGGAUAUUUUUAACAUUACUUAUAACUGGCAGAUUACUAUAAUUAUCAUUGUUUUCUUCUAUUAAGUAACUGUUCCUAUGUUAAAGAUGUCCAUCAAUAUUUGGUUCUAAUUCCUGUUAAUUGGAAAGUUUACUUUCAGAACAAUUGUGAAGUUAUGGUAUAACUUUGAUUACUUUGUGUUUAUUUAGAUACUGAUAUUUCAAGUACAUGUAUAUCAUUUUAAUGAUAAUUAUUUUCACAGAUAAAGACAACAGAUUAAGCUGUUUUAGAAAUUUUUAGAAUGCAUGUUCUUAAAUGUGUCCUAAAAGUAUGCAUAAACUUACAGGCAUGAUGAAUCUCACAUGACUUAUUGUCAGCUAAGCACAAAAAAAAAUAAUUUAUUGCUUUCAUAUAGCAGUGUAAUACAUUUUUGGUGGAGGUGACAAAUAGUGCUUUCAAGAGAUACAGACUACAUUCAUUCAAAACAUUUAUAUUAAAUUUAUAGAUUGUAACCUAAGACUUUGAUUGUUAUGCCCCACUUUGACAAAGAGGUGUUAAAUUGCUGCUCAUUGCUGUUUGUCCAUCUCUUGGUAGACCAUUUGUUUUCUGAGCAUUAAUAAGAGAAUGCUUGGUUUUAAAGAAUGAUGCCUGAUGACACCUGUUGUUGAUGGGGUUAGUAAACCAAAGAAAUAAUGCAUCUAUGGUCAGUAUUUGACCCCUAUCAUCUUAAGUGUCAGUAGAAUAUAGGUCAAGGUCACUUUGAGACUUAAAUUGUUUCCGCUAAACCUUUUGCUAUACAGUUGUUGAACUUCACUAGAUGAUUGCCUUUUGUCAUUAUAUGACCACUAUUAUUGUAAGUGUCUGUAAGUUAUAGGUCAAAUUGGUCACUGUUUCUUUGAGACUUAAAUUGUUUCUGCUAAACAUUUUGGCUUGCAGUUGUUAAACUUCAUUGGAUGAUUGUCUGUUGUCAGGGAUUGAGUAUUUCAAAGGUCAAGGUCUCAGUAACACUGAGACUUAAAUUUUUUUAACACAAUUAAUUGAAUAAUGAUUCGUCUUAUAAUUAUCAAACUCCAUAGGCAGAUUGUCUGUGGUCAGUAGAUUAUGUCUGUUGUCAAGGAGCCAGUAUAUCAAAGGUCAGUUGCUGUGACCUUAAAACUGGAAAUGAUUUCUGCUAAAUAACAAUUUAUUAUUUUGUAUACACUUGUCAAGCUUCAUAGGGUGAUUGCCUAUGGUCAACAAUUGAUCCUUUUUGUUUUGGGAGUCAGUAGGUCAAAUGUCAAGGUUACAGUGGUUUGAAACUGAAAAUGACUUGUGCUCAUUAAGUAAAUUACCCCUUCGCUUAUAGCCUUAAACAUUUUAGGAUGACUGCCUGUGUUUUGUUGAUAUCUCGUAAUGUUUUGUAGGUAAAGUACAUGGUAACUUAGAGACAGAAAAUGGUUUAAGAGGGGAUUAGCUUACAGUCAUCAGACUUAAAAACUGGAAAUGGUUUUUACUCAUUAUGCAAAGAACCCAUUUUAUCAUUUUAUGGCUUAUGGUCUUAAAGGUCAUAGGAUGGUUGCCAGUUGUCAGUAGAUGACCUCUAUUGUUUUUUAUGUCAGUAGGUUAAAGGUCAUGGUCACAGUGAUCUGUUGACGGAAAAUGCUUUCUGAUGAAUAAAGAAUGCUUUGGCUCACAGUCUUCAUAGGCUGGUUGCCUGUAGUCAAAGGACACAGCAUACAAUAACAUAUCCACUUGUCUCUGACAGGCAUUCAUUGGGAGCAUAUGCGUUUUACAAACAGCUCUUGGUAUUGUUUGUUUUUGUUCAUUCAUUUUUAUGUUCAAAGUUAUGUCUGCAGAUAUAAAUAUAUAUAUAUCAUUGUUCAAAAUAAAUCAUAUUUUCCUAA